AUGGUCCUAAGCUGUACGGUUCAAAACUGUAAGAACAAGUUAAUAAAAGGAAAUGGAAUUAUAUUUCAUCGACUUCCUUUGCAUGAUAAAGAAUUACUCGAGAAAUGGUUGAAAGCAUUAAAAAUUGAUAAUUGGACUCCAACUAAGCAUUACAAUGUUUGCAGUGAACAUUUUAUCGAAGAUGAUUACAAAAAGUCACCAACCGGAGUUAAAUUAGCAGAUUUGUUAUGCAGUGCCGUUCCUUCAAUUUUUUCAGAUAUUUCAAAUACAAAACAAAAGCCAUGUUCUUUAACUAACAAAAGAAGAAAAUCUAAAGUCUUGGGUCAUUUAAACACCAAACAAUCAGAAAAAAAAAAAAAAAAACCAUUACCCGAUAAAAUCAGCACGGAAUGUUACGAACCAGUUUGCUUUGUUCCUAGUUGUAAAACGCCAAAAGGAUUACCACUUUAUAAUUUUCCAUUUGGCGAUAAACGUUUGUUGGAUAUAUGGGCAGAAAGAACCGGAUUAAGUACAAUGUAUGACACAGAAUUAUAUUUAACUAUAACUAUAUGUAAAAAUCAUUUUCAUGAAAAUUGUUUCCAUGAUAAUUCUAUACAGUUAAAACCCUAUGCCAUUCCAUCUGUAAAUUUGAUUGAUUACUCAGGACCUGCAGAUAGUUGUUGUCUAAUCAAAUCAUUACAUUCAGAUGAAAAUUCAGGGAUGACUUCUACUGGUGACCGUACAUGGGGAUGGUUGGGUAGUACUGAAGCAUUUGGAAGACCUCCUGAACCCAAUGAGUUUAUAGUCAUCCCUAAAUCUGAAAUACACUGUGAAAAGUAUGCAGGCUCAAAUCAUGCUGCUCAUUGUUUUAUAUAUGCAGAGAAUAAUGAAAGAGUAUUUGAUAUUUACAAUCCUCGAGCUUCAGUUCUAAUGCAAUUGAGAUAUGAUGGUUAUUUUGGAUUUCCUGGUGGAUUAAUUGAUGCUGACGAAGAUUUUGUUUCUGCUGUUAACAGAGAAAUGGCAGAAGAAAUGAAUUUAAAUACCACCAAACAUUCUGUCAAUCAUGAUGAUCAUAUAAUAUCUCAUUGGAGUGAGAAAAAAAAUCUAGUUUUACACUUUUACAAAUUAAAAGUUAAUAUGAUUGAUUUGAUUGAAAUUGAAAGACAAGCUUCGCUUGCACGUGAUUAUGGAACUGAAGUGCUUGGUACAGUUAGGGUUCCCUUAUAUACAUUGGGUGACCAUUACCGCGGAUUUCCAGUAUUUUUGAAUCAUAAGUUCAUUGGUUGUUCUCGGGACCAGCUGCUAGCUGCGCUAUCAUCAUUAAAUAUUUUGACUCCUGAAGAAAUUCAACUUGCUUUAAAUGCAAAUAAUAGAAAUAAAUAA